AUGGAUUUGAGCCAGGACCAAAUCUCUGCCAGUGUCGCAGUAGAACCCUACAAACAACCUCUCCCACCCGAGGUAUUCAUUAUCCUACUCAAAAAUCUGCCCGACUACAUGAUGCCAUACUUAUGGUGCAACUUUCGACGCGUAUGCAAGUCGUGGAAGGCCGAGAUCGAACGAAUCUUUCGAGAAAAAUGCCUCCCUCGAACCAAGGUCGUCAUCAACCACCCACGUACUGGCGGUGGAGGGCACCUACUGUUCUCUCGACUUUCACAGGAUGACGCUAAACUUCGAGCAUAUUUUUACACGGAUCCUUCGGACAGCCUCUUUAUAACCAGAGCAUAUCCCAAUAUUCCAGAACAACCAUAUACCCUAUACCGCCCUAAAGACGGCACUAUGAGCUUGGUACAGAUGAAGGAUGUGGCGAUCAGUGACCCUGUGAUGGAAGAUUUUGUGGCGGACCAGAAAAACCAUGAGGUAUCAUUCCUAUGGAUGCCUAUGAUGGAUCAGUUAAUGGGCGACGAGAUACGUUUCAGACGCGAGGCUUGCAAGAUCGUGGAGGCAGGACGAAACCUCAAGGAGAAACCCAAAGCCAACGAUACCGAACCAGGCUCUGGUACCAUGUCCGAAAUAACAGCACAGGAUGAUGGCGCCCACGCUACGGAGACGGUAUUGGAAUAUACCGAUAAGCACGAUGUCGGAAAGAUCACGGUAGUUAUUCUGACCAAGGCCAAAACUACAGCGACUAAGCUAGAGCCCGAUGCUGGCUUUGAUGUUAAGCGUAAGAAGAUCGAGUUCUACAUGCUCCUGCGCAGCCCACAUUUCCGUGGCGUGAUAAACCAGGUCCGAGAGUCGCGUCUACGAAAGCAAUACGCGCUCUGUGGCGAUGAAUUUGUCUCGAUCCGGGACCACGACGAAGUCCCCUUACAUGACGACGCAUCCAAGAUUAUGUUGGAUAUCCGCCUACGAUUCAGAACUCCGGGAUACUUCAUGGAGCUAUAA